AGAUCAUCAUGAUGAGAACAUCGCUCCAGGGGCUGCAAAAGUGGGCAGCACCAGAGCGACAACUGCUGCAUCCUGCAAAACAUCCUGCAGAGCGACACCUGCUGCACUAGAGAGACAGCCUGAAGUAAAAAAGCAAAUUAAGGCUGGGAGCAAAAAAAUGAAAACGAAAAAGUCAGACCAGUUACAGCUGAGCGAGGACGGCGACUUAUUUGACGAUGGUCCUUACGACAACGCAGAAAGAUCAAGUCGUCGUCAGAGACAAAAGGCAUCAAAGGCCAGCAUGAAAGCCGCUGAGCGUUUACUUCCGCCUGAGUCUGACGCUGAGCAAGAGAUGAUGAAGGGGCCACAAACUUCCAGAAAAUCUACAAAGAGCCCUGCUGUGAACAACCCAGCAAAAGCAGCAGGAAAAGGAACAGCGAAAAGCAGUAGCGGCAACAGAAUCAUAAAUGUGAAGAAGGGCGGGGGAAGUGCUAGUAGUAAGAACAAGAAGAACGUGCUGUGCGUAUUAGACAAGAAGAAGAAAGCAUGCGCAUCAAGGAACAAGGCUGGCAAGAUGAAGAUGAGUAGGAAAAAGCCACAACGAGAAGAAGACCAAGAGGACGACUUAUUACUUGACGAAGAAAUGGCGCUCGCGCCAGCGCAGCAGGGUUUUUCCGCCUAUGACGUCCUCGAUGAGCAUGGUCUAGAUGACGAGGAGCAUUGGGAAAUCGAGCGGCGACAUGCACUAGAGAAGCGGGCUGCUGCAGCGCUGUACCCGCAAGUCAAAAAGUGGCUAUCUACGUUUAAGGCAGUCCUCAUUUCAUCCUCGGAGGCCUCUGGCUACUUAAAAUGGAAACUGACAACAGUUUCAACGUGAAAACAGUCGUAAGGGGCCUUCGCACUGGAUUUGAGUAUUGAGCUCUAACACAUUCAACGAAGACAAAGUCAGAAAAUUACCAGACUUUCUUGAGGUGGAGCCUCGAGAGAUUCUUCGACGCAUCGCCGCUGAGGAAGAGACGUUGAAGCUAGUAAAACAGAACCGUCGAGAAAUGCAAAAAGUGGGACUUUGGGAAUUAAGUACUGGCGAUGACUGGUGGGGGGCUUUUGAGAAAAAGUUAGCAAUAUUUGAAAAGCGCUUCACAGCAUUACGUAUGGCGAAAUCUAGGGCCAACCAAAGACUAUAACGCUUUUCAUUUGCAAACAGCCUACGGCCCUUUGCAGUACCAUAAGAAGAAACAUAUGCUAGCAUCUAAAUCUGUCUCAUCUGCUUUGCCAAUAUCCUUGAUUUAGUAGCAGCUUCUGAGUAGACAUCCUAGUCUUUCUUGAUUGAAAGCAAGUAAGUAGAAUCAAUUGCAGAAGUAGAGGCAAGUAAGUAGUUGUGGCUCUUCCGUCACUAAUAUAAGUAUAGUAAAAGCGCCAGAGAUCUCCAUGGGUUUCUAAUCGUGGAAAGUUUGACUGUUUAUGCUACCAUUGAUUUAGAUACAUUAGCUACCACCAGCAUGACUCUUUGCAUUCCUGUCGCGCUCUUUUGUACA